CAACCUGUUAUAUGAUCCUAUAUGAAACUAUGGUGCAAAUUCUAUGCACUAAAUGUAAAUAAGCAUGUUCACUUAAGAUACACGUGAAAAUUAGCUAUAGAGACAUUAUAGAUAUCUAGAGACAAGCUGAGAGUACCCUCAUCACCUUGGAGUAUACAAAGUUUAUGAAAUGGUUGUAAAAAUCCAUAGUCAUAAACAGAAAGACAGAUGAAUUGUUCUAUACAAAAUCUGAAAGGGCAGUUUAUGAGAAGGCACUACCAAUGACCAAGAAGAGAAGCCAGAGUAAAGAAAGAAAGACAUUUCACAUAUAUGUCCAUAAUAUUAAUGUCCAGUAUUUGAAAGAACUACAGAAAAGCAUGAGAAAGAUCGAGAUAUAAACAAAUAUUUCACAUUUUAAAAGUGAUCUAAAAUACCACUUAAAUAUGAAAAGUCUUUUAGGUAUAGUGGAUCACAGAUUUAAUCCCAGAACUUGGGAGACAAAUACAGGCAGAUCUCUAUGAGUUCAAGGCCAGCCUGGUUUACAGAGUGAAUUCCAGGCCAACCAGAGAUAUAUAAUAAGAGCCUGUCUCCAAAAAUUAAUAAACCACACAAUAUAAAAAAACUAGGAUCUCAUAAUUCAUCAGAAUGGAUAAAUGUAAAUGAGCUCUGUACCUGCUGAGGGUAGGAGAGCAACGAGGCUCCUGGUGGAGCCAACUCAGUCAUAUCAGAAAGUUGGUGCAGAAUAUUGAACUAUCAAAGGUGUGUUACAUUUGUUUAUGAUGCAUUUGUUUAACAAUGCAAAGAUGUGUUGCUUUGCCUGACUAAGGUACCUAAUUAACUGGUCUAAUAAAAAGCUGAACAGCCAAUAGCUAGGCAAAGAAGGGAUAGGUGUGGCUGGCAGGAAUAGAGAACAGGUGGGGAGGGGGGAUCCAGGCUCAAGGAGGGAGAAGAGAGUGAGGGAAACACCCAGGUCCUACCAGUAAGACAACCACCAGACAGACAGACAUGGAGGAAAUAGCAAAAGUAGGACAUACAGCAAGAAAGAAAAGGCCCCAAGGCAAAAAUGUAAAUGAAAAGAAACAAGUUAAAAUAAGUUAUAAGAACUAGCAGAGCUGGGCGGUAGUGGCAGAGCCGGGCGGUGGUGGCUCACGCCUUUAAUCCCAGCACUUGGGAGGCAGAGGCUGGCGGAUCUAUGGGAGUUCAAGGCCAGCCUGGUCUACAAAAGCUAGUUCCGGGACAGGCUCCAAAGCUACAGAGAAACCCUGUCUCGAAAAACCAAAAAAAAAAAAAAAGAACUAGCAGGCUGACAUGGGACCGACCUAGGCCCUCUGCAUCUAGAUGGCCCUUGUGGGUCUUGAUCUUUUGUGGGGUCCCUAGCAGGGGGACCAGGACCUGUCCCUAAUGCAUGAGCUCACUCUUUGGAACCUAUUCCUUAUGGUGAGAUGCUUUGCCCAGCCUUGGUGCAAAGUAGGGGGAGCUUGAUCCUUCCUCAACUUGAUUAUGUCAUGCUUUGUUGUCUCCCAUAAGAGGUCUUACCCCUUCUGAAUAGAGACAGAGGAGGAGUGAAUGGGGGGGCUAGAAGGGAGGUGGUGGAAGGGAACAGGAGGAGAGGAAGAAGGAGAACUGUGGUUAGUAUGUAAAAUAGAUUAAAAGAGCAAGUGGUACAAACAUAAACUAAGGUCAAGCAUUCAUAACUAAUAAGUCUCCAUGUCGUGAUUUAGGAGCUGGUUGGAGGUCCCAAAGAAACCUGCUAUAGAAAGUAAUCAGCACUUUCUGGAUACAGUAUUACAUAGUCUACAAUAUAGGAAUUCUUCCCCAAGUGAUGCCCAGUAGAAAUGGUGUGCAUAUCCACAGGAGGCAUGCGAACAUUCACAGCCGUGCUGUCUGUCUCGGUCCCAAAAGUGUGUAUUAACACGCUUCCCUUUGAGAGUCUCUCCUGAGCUGGAACAGAUUAAUCUGCUUAUCCCUGUGUUUUUCUGUGACAUAAAUACCUGAGGCACUGAUAAAUAUGAAAUUAAUUAUGGUUUUGGGAAGGUCAAGGUUCAGGUCCAAAAAGAAACAAUGGGGAAAGUCAUCUGUAAGAAAAGAAUGAGGGCUUCUAUCACUUUUUACUUCAGGGAGCUUUGUUGGCCCACUGUCAGUCUGGAAGCUCAACUUUUAAAAAAUUAAAUUUGAAAGCAAUCCACUCACAUAAAAAUUUGAAGGAAAAAACAGUACAGAAAGAUAUAAUGAAAGCCUACUUCCCCCUUAGUCUCUCAAAUACAGCAGUUGAUUUUGUGCACGCUUCAAGGACAACGUAUCCUUAGAGGCUAUCUCAGACACGUUCAUUCCAUUGCUUACCUCCGUUCCCUAAAGGGUGCACUGCAAAUACCAAUCCGCACCUCAGUUUCUCUCUCUCACCCUUUGCAUACGUGUAGCUUCACUUCACCACUAAUGGUGUCAUUGUACAAUCCCACAGCCAUCAUCAUGUAUGAUGCUUCCCUGUUCAGACAGUGAUAAAUGACAGACAUCUUUCAAAAAACUAUCUUCUUGUAGUUUCCCUAAGGUAAUUUCCCAACAGCCGAAAUGUGGGGUUGGGAGCACAUGAUUCUUAAAAACACUCACUUUUCCCCUUUGACUGUAGGAGAGGAAACUAAUUAAUAGUUAGAAUUCGGUACUCCUACUUCCCUUUUUUGGCUGAAGACGCACUCUUGUGUUUUGGCAGAGCAGUUUCCCAGAUAUUCUCACUGGAGCUGGUGAGAGCUGUGUACUGGCUACUGUGAGAGCAAGAGCCGCUGCUACCUGUGAGGAAAUGCCUCCGUCAGUCUCGCCCUGGGUGGUCUUCACGCUGCUGUGGCUGACUCCACCGGUCGUGACUCCUGUCAGUAGACAAUAUGAAACUGCACCCAAAUCUGUGAUUUCUCUUGAGCCUCCAUGGACCACUUUCUUUCAAGGAGAGACAGUGACUCUGACUUGCUAUGGAUUUGGCUUCAACUUACCCCAGAAAACAAAAUGGUACUGGAAUAACAAAAUUGUAGAAGAAAUCCAAGGACACAUCUUCAAAGUCCGCAUGUCUGGAGUGCACCAAUGCCAAGCCGACAACUUACAUCUAAGCAUCCCUGUGCACUUACACUUUUCUAAAGAUCCAUUGGUGCUUCGAGGCCCACCUGCUGUGUUUGAGGGAGACUCUGUGGUUCUGAGGUGCAACGCAAGGAAAAGUACAUCACGAAAGACCCCGACAUUUUACAAGAAUGCAGUCCCUCUGGAAUCAUCUGGUCCAAGUUCCAAGCUCGUUAUUCAGCAUGCAGAUCAGAGGGCCAACGGUCAAUACCACUGCACCAAGAAGGAGGGGUUAUGGACCAAAAUGUCUUCCAAUACAGUCAGAGUCCAAGUCCAAGAAUUAUUCCCACGUCCUGUGCUGAUGGUCAGACCCUCUGAACUCACAGAUGGAAGCCCAGUGACACUGGUCUGUCAGACUCAGCUCCCUGCACAGAGGUCAAAUGUCCAGCUCCAGUUCUGUUUCUUCAGAAACCUCCAGGCUCUGGAGUCAGGCUGCCGCAGGUCCUCAGAGUUUCACAUCCCUGCCAUAUGGACUGAAGAUGCAAUGUGGUACCAGUGCACUGCAGAAACAACGGAUGCCCAAGUAAGCAAACGAAGCCUGCCCAUCAGAAUUACUGUGCAGAGAGCUUCUGCAGACUUCCAAAUACACAUCGUCCCAGCCUCAAGGUUAGUGUUUGAAGGGCAGUUGCUGUUAUUCAACUGCUCAGUAAAAGGGGUCCCAGGGCCCAUCACACUUUCCUGGUACAAAAGGGACAAGCUGAAUAAGGAAAUAAAGAUCACUAAGUCCUCAGAGGCAGAAUUUGAGAUCUCCAGGGUAAACAGCAGUGACGCGGGGGAUUAUUACUGCGAAGCCAACAACAGUCGCCGAAGCUUUGUCAGCAAGGUAGUCGCCAUCACCGUAAAAGUUCCAGUGGCCCGCCCUGUCCUCACACUCGGGGUCCCUGGGGCCCGGACUGUGGUGGGUGACAUGCUAGAGCUUCACUGUGAGGCUCUGGAAGGCUCUCCUCCAAUCCUGUAUCACUUUUAUUACCAAAAUGUCACUCUGGGGAUCAGCUCAGCCCUUUCUGGAGGAAGAGGGUCCUUCAACUUUUCUGUGACUGCAGAACAUUCUGGAAACUUCUUCUGUGAGGCUGACAAUGGCCAAGGGCCCCAGCGCAGUGAUACUCUGGCUCUCAGUGUUAUAGACACAACCAAGAACAGAAGACUUUCUGUGGCUGCUGGAGUCGCUGGGGGCCUGCUCGCCGUGGCUGGCACGGCUGCUGGUGUGCUGCUUUAUUGCUGGUUCUCUAGAGGAGCAGGGGGAAAGUCUGCCUCUGGUGACUCCAGGAACCCUUCAUAUUCAGAAUCCCAGGAGCCCACCUAUUACAAUGUACCAGCCUGUAUAGAACUGCAGCCAGUAUACAGCAAUGACCCUAAAGGAGAAGUGAUUUACACAGAAGUGCGGUGCGCCCUACAGAGAUGGAAGUUGUUAGACCUGCGCAAGCUGACACAUCCUUACCAGGCCUUUCACCUCAGAUCCCAUCCGGGUCCAUUCAUCUGCAGUGGAAGAGGAACAGAGGGUCUCUUCUCCCCUGCAUUCCAUGGUUGGCUUACUGGUGAGGAUAAAUCAACAUAUGGCACUACUGAACCCUGCUUACCUAAAGAGGAGCGAGAACCUCCCGGUUCUUGGGACAAUGCGAAAGCUUCGUCACCACCCCCACCUAACUGGAAGUCAGGCUCUGACAAUUUCAGUUCUCUGGAAUGCAGCAGCAAAUCCGGAAGUGAAAAGGACCUUUGA